AUGAACUUCCUCGAUCCUCUUGCAGACACAACAGCCCCGCGCUACGCGAUCGAAUCGGACGAUGAAGACGAGCUGAACCCACAACUCCCAUCUCAAGCCAAACGCGUAGUAGACAUCGACGUCAAGUGUGAUCCCGCGCCCGAUACAUCUCUACCUCUUGUCAUUGCGACGGGUGAUGCCGGGAAAGUGUGGGCUGCGGGAGCACCGCUGAAGGAGCAGGUUGGCGCGGUAUUCGUGAAUGGGGUUACUGUGGGCAUGGUCUUUCGGGUGGAGGGACUGGCGAAUGUUGUGAUUAGUGAGGCGACGACGACGUUGCCAGUUUGGGCCAUGAACGCAUAUGCGGCGCGGGUGCUGGAGCUGUUUACGCCAUCGAGGCUAUCGUUGCUCGAUUCGUAUCCCGUUCCUAUGUACAUCGACAGCGAACCUCGACCGUUCUCAGAAGCACCCGUUCGCUACCUUCAAACGCACUCGCUGUUGACAACGUCCCCCGACCUCGAGCCCUUCUCCCCGCCAAACCUCGUACAAUCAACAUCCGCCGCGUUCCUCGCCCGUAUAGCGUUUGCAUCGCCAUCGACACCCGCGUCGCUACUCCUCUUGCCUUCAGCGCACAUGAGCUACCCGCGGCCGACCGAUAUCGCGCCGUCGACGUCCUCGGCGCAUGAAACCGACGACGGAUGGCCGUCGAGCAUGCUGAAGGAGGUGCAUGGACUGCUGGUACCGAAGGCGCCUGCUUGGGACGCGAGCAAGGGGCAUGUACGGCAGAAGCCGGCUGCGAGGCGUGCGCUUGUAGAUGUUGGUGAGGGUGGGAUGUAUAUCUAG